UUGAAGCGGUAUCGGAAAAUUUUGAUGUAAAAGGAAAAAUAUUUAAAGAUUUGGAUAAAUGUUUGGGUGAACAUGCUAUUAUGGCCACUAAUACAAGUAGUAUCAGUAUCACAAAGAUCGCGGCUGUUACAACACGGCCGGAGAAGGUCAUCGGAAUGCAUUUUAUGAAUCCCGUGCCUGUGAUGCAACUUGUAGAAAUCAUUCCAGGAUUGGUUACUUCAAGUGAAACAUUAUUAACAACUCAAAAUUUGACCGAGGCUAUGGGUAAAACCCAUACUAAGUCACAGGAUGUUCCCGGAUUCAUUGCCAAUAGGUUGCUAAUGCCGUAUAUCAACGAAGCGGGUAUUGCCAGCAAAGAAGACAUUGACACCACCAUGAAACUUGGAACGAAUGUUCCAAUGGGACCUUUGAAAUUGGCCGAUUUCAUUGGAUUAGACACUUGUCUGGCAAUCAUGAAA